AUGUCCACAGCAGAGGCAACUGGCUGGUUGAGGGAGCUGUUAGAACCUCACAUUGGCGCCGACCGAGCAGGGGCCUUGACCGUCCAUGGACUCAAGGCCACACUUCUUAGCUGGGCAGCUAAGAGCACUCUUUUCAGUGCAGAUGAGCAGCUGGCCCUGGGGCAUCAUGUCCAUGCACAAUAUCGUUCAGCCAUGAUUUACUCAAGAGACAAUCAAAUUGGGCUUUGCAAGAAACUGCACGAAAUGUUCAAUAAAAUCAAGGAUGGCCUUUUUGAUCCAGAUGCAGCUCGAGUUAGCAGAUUGUUUCAACUGGCUUAUGCAACAAUGUUGGAAUGUCAGGGUGCAGAUGAUGACAGCGGCUCAGAAGCCGAGUCCGACGCUUCAUCGGUGGCGUCUUCAGGUGGAGAACACGACAGUGUGGCUCAGAGGCCAAAUUACAAGCGGCUAGAGGCUGAUGACAUGGAAGCAGAUCAGUGCUUGAUCAAUAGCAAUUCAAAAGUUAUUCAUUUGUUGGCAAGCGAGGAUGAAACCUUUUGGUGUGGACGUCACCCAUCAGCAUCUUUCAGAAAAGCCACAGCUGAAGACCUGACUGCGACCGAGGCAGUGAUCUGUGCAAAUUGCUCACAUGCAUACAGAGCGGCAGGGCAUGACGAGGCAUUGCAUUCCAAGGUUGACACUUCACUUGCGUUGGACAAUUCUGGAGGCUUGAGACUGAGCAAGAAACAGCGAUUGGAUGACGUGAACGUAACAGGUGAACACAAAUUAAGGCAGGCCUUUCUCAGACGUGCUUUGGCUUAUGAUUUAGCAGGAAUUGCAACGUUCUCAGCGCUGGACUUGUGGACUCAAAAGUUGUUUGAGAAGAUGAAUGAGGCGCCGCUCAACAACUACAAGUACAUUAGCGUUGAACAAGCCAUUAAUGCAGAUAAGGCCUUGUGGGUCAAAAUUUCAAACGACACGCGUGGACAGUUGCAACCUAAGACUGGAGUUGACAAGCCAUUCGAUGUCUCCUUUAUGAAAUUUUGUGAACAUCCAGAAGUCUUGCAGCACCUCACACCACUACAAGGUCAAGGCGGUUCAAGGGGUGACUUUUCACAGCAUGCUGCACCGACUGGCAAAGGAACAACUGAGCAGCUCGACGACCAGGGGACUCCAAAUAAAAAGCCCAGAACAACCUUCAAGUACGGUGUGUGGCACAGCCCCGAAGAAUUUUUGAAUAAAGCGGCAGAGGUUUGCCACCCCAUGGACAAUGAGUCAGUGCUGCACCCGGUCACAAAGCAGGCCAUCCAAAAGGUUGUCCAUACAUGCCCAACCAAGUUAGCCAAGGAGAGGCUAGCAGCGGUCUUCAAAAUGCGGAAAAUGUCAACGGAACUGAGCCCGGCUGAGAAUGAACUGAAGGAUUCCAUGCACCCUGACGUGCGUAGAUGCGUGCGGACCAAAAACCUUUUGUUGUUUGAGCGCCUCCUCUUGCAGUUUGAGUUUUGGGAUAUGGAUGUUGUGAACCUCUUAAAGCAUGGAGUUCCUUUGGUGGGGCUGCAACCGCCGCCCAAUGGGUACCAAAAGCAGUUGGUGCCGGCAAGCAUGACUGAAGAUGAACUUUUCCAAUCGGCCAUGUGGCGGCGACAGGGCAUUAUGGCUGGUUCACGAUGCUUGACGCAGUUGGAAGAGUCUGCCUUGAUCGAGGCUACAGCUGCCGAAGUUGAAAAAGGGUUCCUGCAGGGUCCUUACACUGAAGCUGAGGUGACGGUGCUGCUGGGGACAGAGAGCUGGAGCCUCAACCCCAGAUUUGUCCUUUUUCAGGGGGCGAACAACAAGGUGCGAGUCAUUGACGACGCGACGCAAAGCAGAGCUCGGUCAACGCUGCUUACAGCUCAACUGUUAAACUUCAACUGCAAGAUGUAG